AGCCCAAUUGAUGGGUUGGGUAGUAGAAGCCCAUAAAGUCCACCGACUUUCCUCAUCGAUAAAUGGUAAAUGGUAAUAAUAAUAAUAAAAUUACCUUUGUAACGUGUUCUCUGUACACUGGUCUACCAUUUUCAUCAGACAACAACAAUGGAAUACGCGUAAUAAAAGCGGUGAUUUUUAUUUUAUUAUAUAAAUUUUCUUAUAUAUAAUCUUCUUUCUUGGCUUGUAUUUUAUUAAAGUUCUAAUCUUUUUGCUCACUUCUUCCAUUCCAUUCUCCCCAAACAAAUAUCUUUCUUUACUCUCUCAUUUGAUUUUGGUGUCAAGAAAUCAGAGAUGGAUGAUCUCAUGCCAGAAAGAGAAGAAGAAACUAAGCUUCAUUUCACUUCUUUGAAUGAAGAAAAUGGUGAUGAGAAAAAAAGUGGGCUUAUAACCAAUUUCAUUUCCAACUUAGUCUCUCCUUCUUCUAGUCCCAAAUCUCAAAAGGGUGAAAAUGAAGCUGAAACAACACCAAAUGGGGAUUAUUCCAAGUCUGAGGAAGAAGAAGAAAAUGAUGUAGAUGAUGAGAAAAAAGGUGGGCUUAUAACCAAUUUCUUAUCCAACUUAGUCUCUCCUUCAAGUCCCAAAACAGAGGAGGUUUCAGCUCAAAAUGGUGACAUUCCAAAUGGGGUUUCUAAGAUUGAAGUUGAGAAUGAAAAAGAAGUGAAAAAACCAGAUUGUGAAAAGGAGAAUGAUGGUAUUGGUGGUGGUAUUAUUGACACCAUUGUUUCCCAUUUCCCAACUUCAAUUCCAGCUGAUGAGGCCUGUAUUCUAAUUCACUCCCUUGUUAAAGAUUAGAAUGUAAAGAGGAAGAAGAAAAGAGAUCUUGUUUUGUUAUGGUUUCUUUUUUUUUUUUUGAUGAAUAGUUUAGAUAUGUGUUCUUAGUUGUGAUUUGUUAUUAAAGGGUUGGGUUUGUGUGAAUGUAUAUAACAAUUUGCAUUGGCAUACUAUACUAUUCACAUUUUGCUUGUAAUGUUUUUAGUCAUAGUUAAAAAUAAAAAGUUACCCAUUUGAUCCAA